UCCUGUAGACGGCACUAUUCCCACUGCAAUAUCGAACCGCUCUUCCGCCACCCAUGUUCCUGGGCAUGGAGAAAUGAGGAUAUAUUGAGGUGGGAGGCGCCUGAAUGAACGCUCCAUCAAAUAGCACAUUGGCAAGCUCUGUUGGACGUGUUGGAUUUUUUUUUCAUCUCCUUUUUCUUCAUUCAAUUCUUUGGGCUCUGGUAGCUCUCCCCUUCGUUGAAUCCGUCACAUUAUCUCUCUCUCAAGACCACCAUACUGCAUAUUGUCCAUCUACCCUACCGUAAAAAGAAUUACCCAUCGUCUCCAAGGGGAAAACUAUACAACCCGGUCCAACAACAACAGACCAGCAACCGCAAGAAUGCACGUCACCCUGCUCACCACUCUCCUCCUCACCCUCCAGGUGCUCGCACUGGCCCUUCCGUCCUAUACCCACACCUCCAAACGCCUACCCUCCUCCUCUUUGCAUCCACGCCAAAAUGCAACCAACCCGAGCUCAUGCGACCUCUCCAGCAUCUCCCAACCACCACACACCAUGACGCCUCCCUCAUCGGACAUGACCCUCGUCCUCAUCGCCCUAGGCCGCGGAACCCAGAACUACACCUGCGCACCCAACGCUCCAACCCCGAGUCCCAUCGGCGCCGUAGCCACCCUCUACGACGCCUCCUGCGCCGUCGCAACCUCCAACGCCAAACCCGCAGACGGCAAAGGACGAGCAGGAGGCAGAGGGAGAGCAAAGGGACCUUGUGUACUCCCCCAAUCCGCUCCCAGUAUCGGCAACCACUUCUUCUCUGAUAACACGACGCCCGUCUUCUCCAUCCCGUCUCUCGGCAUCACUGCGCUGAAGAAGGCGGAGAGCGCGCCUGCUCCGGAUCCGAGCGUCGAUGUGCCGUGGUUGCUGCUGAGUGCGGUGGCGGAGGGGACGACGAGCCCGGUGAAGAGUAUCUAUCGGUUGCACACCAAGGGGGGUGUGGCGCCGGGAAGUUGCGAGGGCGUGGCCGAGGGCGAGACGGUGACGGUGGGGUAUGAGGCUGAGUAUUGGAUUUAUGCUUAGGAGGAGGAAGGAGAGACGGUGUGAAGUCUGGGUGGGUUGGAUGGAGAGGAGCGUACUUGGAUCGAUGUUUUGCUUGUUUUCCUCUUUUCCAUGGGGGACAACAAUUUGGAUAGUCUGGACGAGCUGGGUGGUUUGAUGAUUCCGACAUCUCUUUUCUCUUUGUUUCCUCAGCAGGCCCAGUUAC